CCAAAUGAGCUUCUGCUUCAACGUGCUGUGCUUCACUGGCUGCUUUCUCCUGCUUGUCUGCCCACCUAGAAGUGCUUACCCCACUUAUUUUCCGGCAGACAUGGCGACAAUAAAAGAAAGAGCCGCGGCGUUAAACCUUGCCGAAAAGUUGUGUGUGCGUCCUCGAGCUCAUGGAUCGUCCAGUAGACCAGCCCAGUCCUCUUCCACGUGGAGUGGCCUCAUCUCCCACCUCAGGUCUUCUGUGACUGUGAAACGUCGUCGAGUUCAUCUCAAGUCUCAUGGCGACUGUUUCCUCGGCUCGGAGGCCGUUGAUGUGGUGGCAGAGUACAUCAGCUGUAACAAAGUCUUUGAGGGUGCCAACGUGCUGCGGGACAAAGUGGCGUGCGUGUGCCAGGCCCUGUUGGACUGCAAUGUGUUUGAGGCGGUGGGCACCAGAGUGUUCGGCAAAGUCAAGAAGCAGGAUGUGUUUCAGGACAGCAAGAGUGCUCUUUACAGAUUUGUAGGCGUGUGUUCUCCUUCGGUCGAUGAGUUGGAAAGAGGUGUGCUUGUGCAGGGGAUCCAGAGACUGUUCUGCAGUGCACCUUCAGACAGGCAGGAGGAGCAGACAUGUCCCACCGGCCCACAUGUUCAGAUGUCCACCCCCGUCAGACUUGCUGAGACGUCCACAAAAGCCAACCAGCUGGACACUCCUGCCGCUGCCAGUCCGUCACUUGAGCCUCCGGCGGACAGCCUGAGUCCCAGCGGAGUGCAGACGGACACCGUUUUACCUCAAUCGUUGGUAGACCAGGUGUGGCAGGAGCAGACUCUGCUCAGGCUGUUAAACCUGGUGGAGCUCCCCCUGCUGGAAGGGGUGCUUCAGUGCAGCCAGGCUCCAUACCCUCCUCCAUCAAACCUCCUGGCUCACAGUAACCCGGACCUGAUCUACAGCAGCAACCACCUGGACCGGCAGAUCCUCAAAGUCUUCAGGGACUCUCAGGAGGACGAGUGGCUCAGUGCAGCUCUGGACUGUCUGGACUUCCUGCCUGAUCAGCCAGUGGUGGAGCUGAGCAGGGAGCUGCCUCACUGUUUCCCACAAGAUCAGGACAGCUGUGAACAAGUGCCAGCCAAUAGCAGUUCACAAGACGGAGUGCAGCCUCUGGGGUCCGUGUCCACCCCAGUCCACCACAGCAACGAGCGGCCUCAUCUCUCCCCGAGUGGGCUGGCCCAGUGCAAGCUGCUGCUGUACGGGACCCUGGUGAAUCACUACAGCCACACAGACAGACCUCCACUGCUGCCGCAGCAAAUGACCGACGUCUACACGGCCAUCACCAACCUGCUGGUGAACGCUAAACUGGCCGCGGCUCUCGAAGCGCUGCAGUUGUGCCUGAAGCUGCUGCCUCCUGGCUGCAGAGAUGAGCUGCGCACGCUGCUCACGUUCAUGGCUCUGGCAGCCGAGCCGCAAGGGAUAAAACUGGACAAGGAGAUGGAGAACAGACAGGCGGUGAAGAGGUCUUUCUCCAGGGCAGUCCUCCACAGCAGGGUUCUUUCAAAGGACAAGGAGGACCUGAUGGUGGUCUUCAUGCUCAGCAACACAAAGGACAUUUUUAUGAUACCGGGGUCCCUGCACAAAGGAGUGAGCGACAAGCUGGCCAGCCUGGCUCAGGGGAAGCAGCCCGAUGUGACUGGCUUUACGUUCUGUCAGCCGGUCUCCUGCGGGACUGACACUGACUCUACAAAGAAGAACACCAACCAGGAGCUGUGUGCUCUGCUGGGCACCAUCCACCAGGACACCAAGAUCUCUGCCAAGGAGAGAAAGCGCCUACUCAGACAGUUUUAUCAAGCCCACCCAGAGAUAUUUAACCAGUACUUUGGUGAAUCUGCUGCUGGUGUGCUGUAGUUUUGUGAAGACACAGGCAUAUAGAGACUCUCUCUCUCUCUCUCUUCCACUGUACGAUUCACAAGCAGUUAGUGUUAAAUUAUGUCAUAUUGGUGACUAACAAUACCUCCAGCAUGCGAUUACACCUGUAUGUGUGUAUUCAGUUUACUGUUUAUCAAAGUAAAUAAACUGUUGAUGUAC